AUGGAGGAUUUAAUACAAUACCUCUCAGACUCCAACAAAGCUUUCCAAAUCUCUCUCGUCCAGCCAGGCACCGAUACUCCCAAUGAAAUUGCCACCUUUCAUCCCGAAUUUACAUAUCCCAUCUUUGGCGAGGAAGAAAAGAUCUUUGGAUACCAAGGCUUAAGCAUCCACUUUCGACUCGCUGCACACAACCUUCGCCCAAACCUUGAGAUCAGCUAUGAUAAGAAAUUCAAACCAAUUGGAGACGCCAAGGCAAUCGAUCUGAACGACGCUCUAAAAGAACAUGUCGCUCCCGUUGCAUUCGAGAAGACCUCAGACUUCAAUGCUCUGCUCCAGUCGGACGAGACCGCAAAGGACUUCAAGCCGCCUGGUAAACUAAUGCACACAUACACGCGGAACGGCAGGACAUUCGAAGUUUGGACCGGCGGCCUCGGCGACCCCGCGCUGCGAACAAUCAUAUCGCAAGUGCAGACCGUCGUCCCGCUCUUUAUUGAAGGAGGAUCGUACAUUGACAUGGAAGACCCUGAAUGGUCAUUGAAACGGUGGAACGUCUACCUUGUCUACGAAAAACUCUCAACUCCGCCUACUCCCACCGCCUCCAGAUAUUCCUUCAUCGGCUACUCCACCUCCUACCGGUGCUAUAUCUACACUGGUCCAAACGACCUACCAAAACCCACCACCAGCCGCUCAAAGUCCCGACCGCAGCGGCUCCAACCUCGAGCAAAAAGCGACUUCACGCUCCCCACCUCCGACCCCUUCGACCCGGACACACUUCCAUGCAGAGAGCGUAUUUCCCAAUUUCUCAUUCUGCCACCAUACCAUGGCGAAGGACACGGCUCGGAGCUCUACAACGCAAUAUAUGACCACUUUCUAUCCGACCCGCUCGUCAAGGAAAUCACCGUCGAAGACCCCAACGAAUCAUUCGACGACAUGCGCGACUUCUGCGACCUCUCGCGGCUCCGAGCAGACGGCACCUUUGCUUCUAUUAAAAUCAACACUUCUCCCGCCUCCACACCAAGCGGCAAGUCCGGCACCUCUAGGCGUAAUGGCGUCCGCGUCUCUUCGUUACUCGACGGCGAUCUUCUCGAGCAGCAGCGUCUCAAGCACAAGAUUGUCGCCAGACAAUGGGCCCGUCUCGUCGAGAUGUAUCUCCUCUCUCUCAUCCCGCCUAGUCAUCGCUCUACUGCGCGACUAACGCGCAAGGGCAACGCACCCGACGAGAACGACCGCGCCUAUUACUACUGGAGAUUACUCGUCAAGCACCGUCUCUACAAGCAGAAUAAGGAUACCCUCAUGCAGCAUGACCGCCUCGCGCGCGUGGAUAAGCUCGAGGAGACACUAGAAGGUGUUAUCGAUGAGUAUACGAGGCUAUUGAAGGGCGCCGAGAAUCGCGUCUCUGUGGCCGCAGCGGCAGCAUCGACAACCGCGGACGAGACAUCACAGCAGCCCGGUAUGGACAAGAGAGAACGUGGCAAGAAGAGGGUUAUUGUAGAAGAUGAUGACGAGGAUGAGGAUGAGGAUGAAGAUGCCGCUGAUGAACCAGCGCAGAAGAAGCCAAAGACGUGA